AUGGACCAGCUACGAUUUGAAUUUGCAGUGUUGCCAGCGAGUGAUGGAAAGUCAAAUGUAUAUUGUGUAACCUCCAUAACGACAAGAGAUGAAAAAGUGUUUGCUAUUCCAGAAGAAUUACAGUCUGCUAGUCUUCAUAAAGAGUUGAUAAAGACAGCUGCGUACAAUAAAAUAAAAAAUAGUUUAAAAAAAAGACAUCAGACGAGAAAAAUUUGGAUUACAAUGACAAAUGAACUAAGUAACGUGUACAUAGAUGAAGAUGGUAAUCUACAAUUUGGAGAUCAAUAUCUCGAAGAAAUUGAACAAAAGCAAGCAUCUGGUAAUUUAGGAAAAAAUACAGAUUCAUUGGAAAAAUUAUUUACAAAAUUUAUUGAAAGCUCACAAGAUUUAAAAAAACAGAACCUGAAAUAUAUUGCAGAAAAGUUUAUAAUUGAAAGAUUUACAAGUAAAAAUACUAACCCAAGCCAGUGGAUUGAUGUUUUUGAAAAAGAAUGGAACCAAGUGACUUAUGCGUUGUUAUUUAAGUACAAGGAUGGUUCAUUGGUGGAUUAUGCUAUAAAAAAAGAAAAACUUUUACUGGACAUGAGAACAUCAAUAGAUACAGGUACUCUAGUGGAUCUAAUUGCAGCUGGAUUGCCAGGCUUUGUUCUAGAAAAGAUAAAUAGACAAUCAAUGGAAGAUACAGUAGACUUAUUCAAUGAAGUAAGAAAGUAUGAACAUUUGAUGAAUAAAAAUAAGAAUGGAACCUACACGAGAUACGAAAACCAGAAGAUAUAUAACAAAAUUGAGGAACGUACUGCAUGCAAAAUAUGUGAACGGUUAAAUAAAGGUAUACGCUACCAUCCAGAGGCUGCAUGUUGGUUUAAAAUGAGAGAUAAUAAUAAAUUUGAUAGAAGAUAUAUAAAACAUAUCAACAAUUCAGUGAUUGAAGCAGAGUUAAAUGAAACAAAACAAAAAAACUAA